AUUUUAAUAUUAUGAAAGAAGUGAACACUGAUGCACAGAAAAAGACCUGCUGCUCCAUCCAGCCUUAAUCAACCUUCAAAUCAAAAUUGGAGCAGUAAAUUGGGCCUCAAAAGAUCAACUCAUCAGUCAGUUAAAGGCCACAAAGCUAAUCAGAGAUUCCAUAGUGGAGGAUAUUCAUUAAACGGCAAGUGAACACGUUUCGUGUUAGUUUUUUUUGAGGGAAGCAAAAGAGAAAUGUUUGUAGACAUUUUAAGGGGGAAAAGUAAAUCUCAUAACAACUGUAAAUAGGCAGUUAAUAUGAGCAUUGUACAUUUACCUGUUUGGUGUUCAGUAAAUUUGUAUAGUCUGAACUACAGUCUGAUGUUUAUUCUGUGUCUGUAGUUAAGUAGAUCAUGGGGUAUACCAUUUGUUCAGUGAAGUGACCCAUAGUGCAGUGACUUCUCUUCAGCCCCUCUGUCGCAGUACUUUUCCCUUGAUAUUGGCAGGCCAAGAAACAUCAUGAACUACACAAAGUCCAUCUACAGUAGAGGCUGAUGUUAAAGAGCCAGAGGAAAGUACCAAAGACUUUUUUAAAAAAAAAAAUCCACACAUGUAAAACAUCCCUAAAAUCCUUACUUGCAAGAUCACCAAUUCUAUAAUUUUUCAUUCAGGUUUUCUGAUUAUUGGAUAAUAGACCAUUUUAAACUUUUCCUAUUGUCUCCAAAUCAUGAAAGGCAAAGUGUCAUACUGUAAAUAAGGUUAAUGUUGUGCAUGAGUCAACACCAUUUAGAACAAGCAUUUAAAGAGUUUAAUCCAAGCCUACAGUUCAGGAUAUUCUUUGAACUUCUCAAUUGAAUACAUCUGCUUCAAUAUGUGUUCCUAACAGUAAAGGUUUGGUUUGGAACUGCCUGGAGUACCCAGAGAUCCAGGUACUUUCCAAAAAUAUACCGUAAAUAUAUUUUCAGGUGGCUGAAGGAGUAGUUUAAAGAAUGCUUGAAUUAUCUCCCACCACAAUGGAUCAGUCACUAGCCAAUUGGCUUCUUAAAUGGGAUAUUUUUCACCAUGUUUAGUCUUGUGUUGUUGCAUAGAAAAAAAUAUCAACAUGGGUCUCUGUCCAGCAGACUGGCUGGCGAUUGAUAUUUGUUUCCAUUGCAUGAUACAAAAUAAUUUAUUUUUUGAUUCAAGCAUUUUGCGUAGGAGCAAGUUGAAAGGACAGUAAUGAAAAAAGAAGUUUGGCGUGCAUUGUACAUGAUAAUCCUAAAUAUUCGUACAUCUAGUAACAGUUUUUUAUAUGUCUUGUUUAAAAAGGCUGAAGUUAACUAGGGAAGUAGGAGCUUACAUCUUUCGUGUCUUUUUAAUCGCAGAGGAAGCUUGUUGAUCAAAUGAAGUCCCUUUUCUUUUAAACAGAAUAUGGCAGCAUUGGUAGACCAAGAAGAUUGGACGCGUAACAAUUUAAAACAGGCAAGGCAACAAAUCUAGAACUGUGCAAACACAAUUGUGGUCAAAAGAUUUUUCAGCCCAUGUUUACAUCUGGUAACUGGAGAUUUGAGGCAUUUGUUUUGGACCAACCAACUGAGAAACAGAAAGGGGAGCAGCCUACUGGAGCAGAUGGUUCAAACCUUGUGUGCCUGGAGUUGGAUGUUAAAUGAAGGUUUAUUCCAGGAAAUUUGACUGCCCAGAAAAAGAGAAUUGCAAUGUAGAUACCUUGACCACUGGAGCAGGCCAACCUGUUGGUGACAAGCUAAAUGUCAUUACGGCAGGGCCUCGAGGGCCACUAUUUAUUCAGGAUUCCGUGUUUCUUGAUGAGAUGGCGCACUUCGACCGGGAAAGGAUCCCUGAGCGUGUUGUACAUGCAAAGGGGGCAGGUGCCUUUGGCUUCUUUGAGGUGACCCAUGAUAUCUCAAGAUACUGCAAGGCCAAAAUAUUUCAUCCAGUUGGAAAGAGAACAUCUGUGUCUGUCCGCUUCUCAACAGUUGGGGGCGAAGCGGGUUCGGCAGACACUGUCCGUGACCCUCGAGGAUUUGCUUGCAAGUUUUACACUGAGGAAGGGAAUUGGGAUCUAACCGGUAACAACACCCCCAUCUUCUUCAUUCGGGACCCUUUCUUGUUUCCGUCAUUUAUUCAUACCCAGAAGAGGAACCCGCAGACCCAUCUCAAGGAUGCAGACAUGACCUGGGAUUUUUUCUCACUUCGCCCUGAGACACUUCACCAGCUCAGCUUCCUGUAUAGUGACCGUGGAAUUCCUGAUGGAUUUCGUCAUAUGAAUGGAUAUGGGUCGCAUACCUUCAAGCUGGUAAAUGACAGAAAAGAAGCCGUGUAUUGCAAGUUCCAUUUCAAGACAAAUCAAGGCAUCAAAAAUCUCUCUGUGGAGACAGCUCGUCAGUUGGCUUCUGAUGACCCUGACUAUUCCAUUCGUGAUCUCUAUAAUGCCAUUGCAACUGGAAAUUGCCCAUCCUGGAGUUUCUAUAUCCAAGUCAUGACUUUUCAGGAAGCACAAGCGCACCGCUGGAACCCCUUUGAUGUGACUAAGGUUUGGCCUCAUAAGGACUUCCCACUAAUCCCUGUGGGGCAGAUGGUCCUGAACAAGAAUCCAGUCAAUUAUUUUACAGAUGUGGAACAAAUAGCUUUUGACCCUAGCAACAUGCCGCCGGGCAUUGAACCUAGCCCCGACAAGAUGCUACAGGGUCGCUUGUUUUCAUACCCGGAUACUCACAGACACCGCCUGGGUGCGAACUAUCUUCAGCUUCCUGUGAACUGCCCUUUUAAGUGCCGUGUAGCUAACUACCAGAGAGAUGGACCCAUGUGCUCAACUGAUAACCAGGGUGGAGCACCAAACUAUUUUCCAAAUAGUUUUAGUGGCCCUGAAACUCAGCCUCUGGCCAUAGAGCACUCCUUGACUCUGACGAAUGAUGUUGCUAGGUACAACAGUUCCAAUGAUGAUGAUUACUCCCAGGUAACUGCAUUUUAUCUGCAUGUGCUGAAUGCAGACCAGCGUCGAAGACUGUGUGAGAACAUAGCAGGUCAUCUCAAGGAUGCUCAGCUUUUCAUUCAGAACAGAAUGGUGUGUCUGUUAAACAAAGUUCAUCCUGACUAUGCCGCUCAGGUCCGCUCAUUGCUGGAGCAGUACAAUGCCAAUGGUACUCAGAAGGCAGUGAUCAGAACCUACAGUCGUCAUCCUUCAGCUGACAGGUCAAACCUGUGACAGGUUAAGCCUGAAGUGAAGUGCCACCACUGCAACAAGUUUCUUUAAUGCAAACUGACUAGACCCAAAUAGGCUUCAGUUAUUAACUAUGAUUGUGUAACUGAUCCUUAACCUUCAAAUCUUGUAACUCAAUAAUUUUCUUUUGCAUAUUUUGUUUAAAGACUUAAAAAAAAAAUCUUGUCUAAUUAAUGCUUGCAUUUAUAACCAAUCAGAGUUUCUCCUCUCUUUCUUGCUCCCUCACUCUUUUCCAUUUGCAUUUGCAAAUUCUAACCAUUACUUGCUCCCAGACUUAAGAUACAUGGUCUUGGAGAUUAGGUUUUUUUUUACUGUGCUUCAAAUGAUGCAUCUGAUCACAUGAUGCCUGGUUGAUUUGGGGCACGUGUUUGGCUGAGAAUUCAUAUCGGGCAAUCUCCAGUGAGCUCUUCUACCUCCACUGCUUACUUUUAGCAACACUUUUUUUGAAGAUUGUUCUCCAUGACCCCAACUAAAUGCCUUUUAACACUUAUUCUUAUUACAUAAGUUAAGGCUUCUGCUAAGUAUAGCUUUGAAUACCCAAUGUGCUAGAUUCUCUGCCUUUGUUCUUGCAGUGUGAAGUACAGGAUAAUAACUUGGCUUAUAAUGUGUCAGCUGUAUUGAACAAUACUGAUUUAUUUUUUUUAUAUAACCUGGGAAGUGGGAUGCCAGAUAAAGGAUAAAACUCAAAUUAAUCUAUUAAUGCAACUUACAAAUACUGUUGCAAAUGCAAACUAACUGAUGGAAAUAAUAGUUGUGGCUCAAUUUAUAGCACUUUCACCUCUGAAUCCGAAGGUGGUUGGUUUAAGUCCCUUUAGAGAUGUGAGCACUAAAAUUUAGGCCAAUGCUCCAGUUCAGCGCUAAAGAAACAGCACUGUUGAAGGUGCCAUCUUUUGGACGAGAUGUUAAACCAACGACCUGUCUGGCCUCUUGGAUCCCUUAGCACUAGUUCAAAGAAUAAAUGGUGUCCUCCAUCCUUCAACCAACACACUAAAACUGACUAUCUUGGCAUUAUCACAUUGCUGUUUGUGGGAAUGUGCUGUUGCAAAUUGGCUGCUACGUUUCCUAAAUUACAGCAGUGACCCUCUGUGUUUUAAAUGUUUUGGACUGUAUGUUGUGUUGAAUUGUGUCCCUUCUGACUUGUUCAAGUUUAAUUUCCCAUUAAUGUGGUAGUGACUGCACUUUCCAUUUGUAAUGUCAAAGCAGUUUAAAAAUAGGUCGUUGCUCAGCAUCAGUAAACAUGGAGUAAAAAGUAGCAAGGACCAAUUUAGUUAUUGUGAAAAUCCAUUUCCAUUUUAAGCUGUCCAAAAUGUUGAAUAAUAGUUAAGAAAGCAUUGUGAUUCAAUAAUGAACUUAUAUUUAUGUAGCAUCUGUCAUAAACUCAAGACAAUACAAAGCACAUUUCAGCCAAUUAAAUACUUCUGAAGUGUAGUCACUGUUAUAACGUUAAGAAACUUGGCAAUCAUUUUGUUCCAUAAGCAGCAAUGAAAUAGAUACCUUGAUAACCUGAUUUUGUGUUAAAGGCUGGGGGAUAAAUGUUAGCCAGGACACUGGUGAGAGCUCUCCUGCUCUUCAAACGUGUGUGAGAAUCUUUUACAACCACCUGAGAGGGCAGCCAGCAUCUCACCCGAAAGAUCUUGGCGAAUGAAUAUAUUGCUGCAAAGCCUAAUCGGAUGCAGCUUGGUGUCAGAUUCUUCAAUCUCUAAAACUAAGAAGACUUGCCUAGACGUUUUAAUGUUAGAGGAAUUUUGGUGAUGCUAAUCAUGUAACAUGUACUUGGGCUUCCUUUUGUUUUCAUAGACAGAGUUAGUUUCCUAUAAGCAAUCUGUUUCGGUUCCUAAAGCUGCUUUUUUUAACCUGGUGUUUAUGGAUUGUGCACACAGUUUUAACAAUUAAACAAUCUGCUGCAACUUGGAGUUAUCGGAGGAUACUCUGAAUGUCUCUUCUGUUUCAGGAGAUGAAAUAAUGCCACCGGAUCAAUGGCUGCAGACUUAAACUUUUUAGCUAAUUUGACAAUGUUAAAAAUAAUGCAUAAGGGAAAAAGUCAUACUGAGAUUCAAGCACAACAUAAGCUAGUUUUUAAAAACCAGUAAGGGGAAAAAAAUCAGCUUUUCUCAGCAAACACCGUUCAUGGUGUUAUUUUAAAUGAUGAUAGCAUGCAGUUUCCAUCCCUCACUCUUCAUAAAGGUUUGAGGAAACUAAACACCACAAGCAUUUGUGGGUUUAUGUGGAGCCUUUAUCAUUGAUUAAAUUUUGCAGAAUUAAAAAUAAUUGGAAAGUACAGUUUGGUUAAAAUUGGAUUGGAUUAUACAAUACUCCUUCAAAGAAACAAAGUUGUUUUAAAUUUAGGAGCAAGAGGUUACUGAGGCUCAAAGUUAGACAAUGGUUUUCUGAUAUUUUUAGCUGAGACUUAAAAUAAAUUUUCAUAUCUAGUAUGUACUUUGACCAAUGUGUACUCUUUCUGGAAUUAUAUUGCAUACAUUUGCAUGCAAUAUUUCUUCUAGCUGAUUUGCUUAAUUAUUAAUAUGAAAGUUAACCCAAUCAUAACUGAAAUAAAUAAACAAAUACAAUGUGAAAGUGGUAAUGUGAACUAGGAACUUGUGACAACAAAUCAAGCCUGAAUAGGCAGCAAAGUCUCCAAUACAAGAGAAGGAAGCCAAUAAUAUUGCCUGUAGCGAGUGGUUAAGGUUAGGAAUGCUCUGCCUGAGAGUGUGGUGGAGGUAGGUUCAAUUGAAACAUUCAAAAGGGAAUUAGACUGUUAUCGGAAAAAGAAGAAUGUGCAGGAUUACAGGGAGAAGACAGUGGAAUGGCAUUAAGUGAAUUGCUCGUUCGGUGAGAUGGUACAGACAUGAUGGGCUGAAUGGCCUCCUUCUGCACUGUAACAAUUCUGUGAAAUACUUCUCCAGCAAAACUGAGAACUUACCACUGGAAAUUAAAUUUGUAACUUGGUGGAGGUUAUUUUUAAAGCUUAAUAAAAUUACAAGAAUGUGAUUGAUUACAUUUA